AUGGGCGAUUUUAGGGUAACAGACGAUCCUAGGGCGACAGAGGAUUUCAAUGACAUGAUGAUGGACUAUACGGAGAAAGAAAGAUCGCCGGAUGACACGGUCUCAUGGGCAGCAAAGAUUACGGGGAUGAAGGUAGUGGGGAGAAUGGCACCGGAGGAUAUGAUCGAUGAGAAGUUUGUCAAGGCGAGAUUGAGGGUGGAAUUUCCGAAUGAUGAGGAUGGAGAGCCGGAAAUAAUAGUUGGGGAGGAAGUGUUGGAGGCGAUGAAUGGACUAUGGAAGAACUGCAUGAUUGUGAAAGUGUUGGGGAGAAGUGUCCCUAUCGCAAUUCUGACGAGGAAACUUCGAGAGUUGUGGAAGCCGAGAGGAACGAUGUAUGUGGUUGAUUUGCCGCGCCAAUUCUUCAUGGUGAGAUUUGGGGAAGAGGAGUAUUUAGCGGCUUUAACCAGGGGUCCAUGGAGAGCUUUUGGUGGAUAUCUCAUAGUUCAGGCGUGGUCACCAGAGUUCGAUCCUACAAGGGAUGCAAUUGUCACAACUCCAGUUUGGGUUCGUUUGUCGAACUUACCGGUUAAUCUUUAUCACAAGUCUAUAUUGAUGGGUAUAGCGAAGGGAUUGGGAAAGUCGGUGAGAGUGGAUGUUAUGACGUUAAAUCUUGAGAGAGCAAGAUUCGCUCGGGUUUGUGUGGAAGUAGAUUUGAGAAAACCCCUUAAAGGAUCGGUCAAAAUAAACAAUGAGAGAUACUACGUUGCGUAUGAAGGAAUGACGAACAUCUGCUCGAAUUGUGGAAUCUACGGACAUUUGGUGCAUAGGUGUCCAUCAUUAGAAGUUCCGCAGCAGAAAUCCCCAGUUAUGGAGAAAGCCAUUGUGGAGACACGGAAGGAGGGGACGGAAGAAGAAGGAUUUAUCACAGUUAGGAGGCCAAAUCGGCGAUCAAAGGAGCAGGCUAAUCCGGUGGUGUUUGUAGCCGGAGAGUCAACCGGAGAUGUUGGACGUAAUCUCCAAGUGAUACCGAGUAAAUCGGAGCAAGAAAAUAUUCGGGUAUCAAAUAGAUUUGGAAAUCUUGAGGUAGAGAUGAUUGAAGCGGGAAAAGGGGAAGUUGCCUUGGUUGCGGAUGAGGAUAAGGAAAAUCAUUUAGUGAGAAAUCCCAAUGAGAAUGGUAAGUUUUUGAAUGGAAAAUCUAGCAAAUAUGCCGAAGGAUCUGGGAAGCAAUUUACUAUCGGCAGGAAAGGAAAUUUGAAAGGGAAGAGGGCUGGACCUGUUAAUUUGUCAACAUCGAAUGGGCCGAGAACCAGAUCACAAUUAAACAGGCCCACCAGAGUAUUUGUCUUUGGACCGAGGCAGGAAGAGGUCGAGAGAUCAAGCUCUGGAAAACGAUUAAGGGUGGAAGGUGUUAGCGUGGAACGUAAGGAAGGUAGUCUCGAGAAACAGAGGGACGGUGCAAUGGGAGAUACGAGUAUUACUGAGGGUAUUGAGGUGGUUACAACUCAGGUAACACCAGUUAUGGCCAAGGCUGAACAAGAGAAAGGAAAGGGAGUGCAGAAUGAGCAAACAACUUCAUCGAAUGCGAUGGAGUUGAGUGUUGCAUAA